AUGGAGAAAGGCGAGUACUCUCCCUUAUUUGAAACAAAAAAGGGGAGAGGAAGACUUCCCUACAGGCUCUUUGCAACCUCAAUAUUUGUAGCCAUAUGCUUCAUUUGGUUCUACAGAUUCAACCACAUCAUAUCUCAACAAGAAGAAGAUGGAAGAAAAUGGGUUUGGCUUGGUUUGCUUGCUUCUGAACUAUGGUUUGGCUUUUAUUGGAUUCUCACUCAAGCUCUCAGAUGGAACCUUGUCUUCAGACAACCCUUCAAAAACAGACUCUCCCAAAGAUACGAGCAUAUGUUACCAGCAGUGGACAUAUUUGUGUGUACGGCAGAUGCAGAGAUUGAGCCACCAAUAAUGGUGAUAAACACAGUGUUAUCAGUGAUGGCUUAUGAUUAUCCAACAGAGAAGCUUAGUGUGUAUCUAUCAGAUGAUGGUGGAUCAGAAAUAAUAUUCUAUGCUCUCUUAGAGGCUUCUGAAUUUGCCAAACAUUGGUUACCAUUUUGUAAGAGAUUCAAGGUUGAACCAAGGUCACCUGCUGCAUAUUUUAAUAACAUCACUGACACUAAUCUGAAUAAUGAUUUGGUGGCUAUCAAGAAAUUGUACACUGAAAUGGAAAAUCGAAUUGAGAAUGUAACAAAGUUGAAAAGAGUACCCAAAGAAGUACAUUUAAAGCACAAAGGAUUUUCUCAAUGGGAUUCAUAUUCUUCUCGACGUGACCAUGACACCAUUCUUCAAAUACUACUUCAUAAAAAGGAUCCUAAUAACUCAAAAGAUAUAGAUGGUUUCAUUUUACCAACUUUGGUGUAUUUAGCUCGUGAGAAGAGACCUCAAUAUCACCACAACUUCAAAGCAGGAGCUAUGAAUUCAUUGAUAAGGGUGUCUUCGAUUAUCAGCAACGGAAAAGUUAUUCUGAAUGUAGAUUGUGAUAUGUAUUCAAACAAUUCAGAAUCUAUAAAAGAUGCUUUAUGUUUCUUCAUGGAUGAAAAGAAAGGCCAUGAAAUUGCUUUUGUGCAAUCUCCACAGAAUUUUGAGAAUGUCACUAAGAAUGAUUUAUAUGGUAGUGCUCUUCUAGCAAUUAGCGAGGUGGAGUUCCAUGGUGCAGAUGGUUUUGGUGGCCCUUUGUAUAUAGGAACUGGCUGCUUUCAUAAGAGAGAAUCUCUUUGUGGAAUGAAGUUUAAUGAUGAAUAUAAGCAUAACUGGAGGAGUGAAGAUGACUUAUUCAAAGAAGCAAAUUUGCAAGAAAUGGAAGAAAAAUCAAAGGGUCUUGCAAGCUGCUCAUAUGAGGAAAAUACACAAUGGGGAAAAGAGAUGGGUUUGAAAUACGGGUGUCCAGUGGAGGAUGUGAUAACAGGGUUGUCCAUACAAAGUAAAGGAUGGAAAUCAGUGUACUAUAAUCCACCUAGGAAGGCUUUCUUAGGUGUGGCUCCAACUACCUUACUUCAAGCACUUAUUCAACAUAAGAGAUGGUCUGAAGGGGACUUUCAGAUUUUGUUUUCUAAGUAUAGUCCUGCUUGGUAUGCUUUUGGGAAGAUUAGUUUUGGCCUCCAAAUGGGAUAUUGUUCUUAUUGCUUAUGGCCACCUAAUUGUUUACCUACUUUGUAUUACUCCAUCAUCCCUUCACUUUAUCUCCUUAAAGGCAUUCCCUUGUUUCCAAAGGUGUCAAAUCUUUGGUUCAUACCUUAUGCAUAUGUAAUAGCUGGAGAAACUAUUUAUAGUUUGUUGGAGUUUCUUUGGUGUGGAGGGACAUUUAAAGGAUGGUGGAAUGAACUAAGGAUAUGGUUGUACAAGAGGACAACCUCUUAUCUAUAUGCAUUUAGUGACACCAUCUUGAAGCUUUUUGGUUUUUCGAAUUCAGUCUUUAUAAUCACAACUAAGGUUUCAGAAGAAGAAGUUUCUAAGCGCCAUGAGAAAGAAAUGAUGGAGUUUGGAACAUCUUCACCAAUGUUUACUAUAUUAGUAACAUUGGCCUUGUUCAAUUUAUUUUGUUUUCUUAAUGUGUUGAAGGAUGCAAUUCUAAGAGGGGGUGACUUUAGAGCAUAUGAGAAAAUUGGAUUACAAAUUAUUUUGUGUGGCUUUUUGGUUCUCAUAAAUGUGCCUUUAUACCAAGGCAUUUUCUUAAGGAAGGAUAGUGGCAAAUUGCCAAGUUCUCUUGCCAUGAAAUCAACAAUAUUAGCUCUAACUUUAGUUCUUUCCUUCAGCUAUGUAUGA